AUGUCGAAUCUGAGCAGAGGCACGGGGAGCCGGAAGGACACCAAGAUGCGGAUCCGGGCCUUUCCGCCCAGGUAUGUGAACUGUGCCUGGGACGACGAGGAGCAGAACCUGAUGGCCUUGCAGUUUGGCAGAUCUUCUACCAAAUCUGCCAGGUGGUCAGGCCGGGCUGUGAACUUCAGGUCUGAUGUGCAGACGAGUGUGGCAAGGAACUUGGCAUCAAGCAGGACAGCAGGGAAAAGAGCAAGCUCGUGGAUGGGAAAGCAAAGUGCAGCCACUGCUCCUUACCUUGGACGAAUUGUAUCUCCUCACGGCUCCCCUUCUGACUUGUGGAGUAGCUCCUCUCGACCCUCCUGUGACCACGCAGCCACCGCUUCUUGGGAAAUUGAUGGGGAAAGAGUGGCUGACUUUAUUUUUCUGGGUUCCAAAAUCACUGCUGAUGGUGAUAAGCAGCCAUGA